UCUGCGCGCUCAGACCUCGGACUGAAGCGGCUCUCAGCUGCGCUCAUUCAGCCUCUGGAGCUCCUGCAGAGCGGACCGCUGCUGCUGGACAGAGCCGGACCGGAACCGGAGGGAGUUCUGGGGGGACUUUUCUGUGGCUCACAGAGAAGAUGGAAUGCUUUGAAAGGACUCGGUGAAAGUUUGCAGUUCGGUUUGUGAUGAUGCACCCGAGCCGGCUGAAGCCGCCAGCCGCUGCCGGCUGCCAGUGAAGGGCAGCGGGGGAUGACAGCAGCGCCGCAGCCCCUGAACAGUCUCUGCGGAAAAGCCGCAGCUUUCCUGUGAUUGCGCACACUGUGCGCCGUCCUCUCACCGCCUCCAGAGCGCAAUCAGUUUCUCUAUUGCAGCUCAGCUGACUGCGGCAGGAAUCGGACCGGAACCUUGAACCUCCACAGACACAGCUCUCGUCUUCUUCUGUUUGUGAUGUCCAUUGGACUCUGAGAGACAAACCGCAGUUUGGUGGUCUGACCUGUGGUGCUCCGACCCACCAUGGGCACCGUGCUGUCUCUGUCGCCAGGCGCUCGCAAACCCGGUUACUAUGACAACCAUCCGGGCUCGCUCAGCCACUACCCGAGCCUCAGCAGCCGCUCCUUGAACAGCCAAAAGGAGCGCGGCCUAAGGAGAGGCCAGUCUAUCUUCCUGCCGGCGCUGACCUGGAAGCGGCUGGUCGCCUCCACCAAGAAGAAGGGGAACCCAAAGAAGGGGCCCGGGGCCGCCGGGGUCCUGGCCGAGCCCCUGAACAACAACAACAUCUACCAGCGGGACCAGGUGCUGCACCUGAACCGGGAGAACGUGAAGAAGUCCCUGUCCUGCGCCAACCUCUCCAGCUACGAGGGCCCGGCCGGACUGGGUCUGGGCUACGGACUGGGCCUGGGUCAGGGCCACGGAUAUGGCUACGGCAAGCCGCAGCAGCUGUCCUCGGUGAAGAAGGUCCCCCAGGGGGCGUCCUCCCCAAAGCGCGUCAUCGUCCAGGCGUCCACCAGCGAGCUGCUGCGCUGUCUGGGGGAGUUUCUGUGCUGCCGCUGCUACCGGCUGAAGCACCUGUCCCCAGCCGACCCGGUGCUGUGGCUGCGCGCCGUCGACCGCUCGCUGCUGCUGCAGGGCUGGCAGGACCAGGCCUUUGUCACGCCCGCCAACGUCGUGUUCGUCUACAUGCUGUGCCGGGACGUGGUAGACGGCGACUUGGUGGCGUCGGAGCACGAGCUGCAAGCCAUCCUGCUCACCUGCCUCUACCUGUCCUACUCCUACAUGGGCAACGAGAUCUCGUACCCGCUGAAGCCCUUCCUGGUGGAGGCGGGGAAGGAGGCCUUCUGGGACCGCUGCCUCGCCAUCAUUGACGCCACCAGCUCCAAGAUGCUGCGCAUCAACGCCGACCCGCACUUUUUCACGCAGAUCUUCGCUGAACUGAAGAGCGAAGGCGGCUGCGGGCCUCAGGAUUACAGCCGGGUUCUGGACCGGUGAGAGGAGGCUUCAUCUAAAACGCUCCAUCCCCCAAAGUCCCGGUUGCUUCUCUGCAUCGCCAAGCGGAACUAUUAUGCAAAAUUCACAUUUUUCACCUCUUGGAGCCUGCAUUUGGGUCUCAACUGCUUCUAAAAACAGCAAACAACAAGUUACAGUUUUUUGGUAUCUGGAAAAUGAGCUGUUUCAAAAACCUCCAGAAUGUAAAGCCCGCCCUGUUUCCUAGCAACACCUGCAAAGCCCAGCACAUUACCUAGCAACCCCUGUGGAAUUCCACCCGUUACCUAGCAACCUAGUGCGUUUGGUCUGCUGAUUUACCGCUUUAUGCACUGUACAAUGGCUGCUGGAAAAGAUAAGUGUUUCCUUCUUGACUUACACUGCAAAAACACAAAAUUUUACCAGGUAAUUUUGGUCCAAUUUCGCAAAUAUCACUUGAAAUAAGGCAAAACUAACUUACAAGUAACUUUUAAGCAAGACGUCUUAGUUUGUUUUAAGUAAGUAAU